AUGGGAAGUGGUUGCUUAAGAGGUGAAGUUGAAGAAAACGAGCAAAAAAAUAAUAUCCAAAAAUAUAAAGAGUCAGGCACCAUGAGCUUAAACACAACUUUUACAAUCCUUGGAGAAAACUACGAGUCUAUUCCAAACCUUCUCAAUGCUAAAAAUCUAGUUAGCAAUAAGUCAGAUAUCGGAUGUUGUGGCUUAGAAAAUCUAGGAAACAGCUGCUAUCUUAAUGCAGCUUUACAAUGCUUAUUUAACUGCCAACCACUCGUGGAUUAUUUUUUAUCAGACAUUUAUAAAAAAGAUAUAAAAGCGUCAGUAACGAAGAAAGGGCAGGUCACAGUCGCAUUUGCAGAAAUAAUCAAAACCUACUGGAGUGAUCAGUUUGACAUAAUCGUGCCUAGCUUCUUCGCCCAAAAGAUUUGAAAUCUGGCCCCAACUAUUGAAGCUGGCAAAGAAAAUGACGUCCACGAACUGAUGUCGUUCUUACUGGACCGCCUUGACCAAGAUUUAAAUCGAGCUUUUAUUAGUCCAGCUCUCGCAAACAUAGACAUUAAUGACAAUACACAAGAAAUGAAAGCGGCUAAGGCUUGGCAAAUGCAUUUAAGCUGUCAUUCCUCAGUAAUCGUUGAUCUCUUCCAAGGACAACUUAGGUCAACAGUUACGUGCAAAGAAUGCGAAUUUCAGUCACAAAAGUUUGAUGAGUUUUCCUCAUUAAGUCUUCCAAUACCUCACAGAUCUUCUUCUUUCACGCUUAACGACUGUUUAAAAGAAUUCACGACUAAAGAAGAGCUGGAAAAGGCUUGGUUUUGCCCUAAAUGCGACAAAACUGUUAAAGCUUUCAAGAAGUUCGAUAUAUGGAAAGUUCCGCCAAUUUUGGUGAUCCAUUUGAAGAGAUUCAAAUUAAAUGGCAAAGAAAUCCAAAAAAUCCACAAUUUUGUGGGCUUUCCCAUCCAUGGUUUAAAUUUGAGCAAGUUUGUAUCUAGUACACAAAGGGAAAAGCCUGUUUACGAUUUAUUUGCAAAAAUAGAUCAUGAAGGAGACAUGGGAUCUGGACAUUAUACAGCGACAGCUAAAAAUAGGAAUAACAAUUCCUGACACUUAUUUGAUGACUCUAAUGUUUAUUCAGUUCUUCCACAGCAGUGUGUGGAUGAAAACGCGUAUGUUUUAUUCUAUCAGAAAGUUAGUGUAGACAAGUACUUUAGGCAAUCGAAAAACAUGCCAAACUAUUGGCCUCAUGUUUUGCAGAGGAAUUCCGUAUAG